GGAGGCGCGGCUUGCAGGUCGGCGCACGUUCCCUGGGUCGUGGGGCGCGUGUGGGCUGCCUUUCCGGCCUUCCGGCCCGCCGCCUCGCUACGCCGUGGCUAGGGGCGUCGCAGAGCCUAGGAGUGGCCACCCCAGGAAGCAGCCGCGGAGCGGAAGUGGAGCAUGGUCCCCUCGGUUGAGGAGGGCUGGUGAAGCGCCUCGUCCCUAGACCCUGGGGGCCGAGGUGGGCGUGAGUGAAGAUUUUAAUUUAGUUUGAAAAUGCGUAAGUGCAGAAAGCCACCAGUUCAUCAGAGAGCAAGUCCUGAGACAUUUAGCCCAGAUGUUCCUGCUGACAUUUUUGAACUCUUCACCAAGAACUUUUCUUAUGGUAAGCCAUCUAAUAAUGAAUGGCAGUUACCAGAUUCCAGUGAGAUUUUCACCUGUGACCAUGUGGAAUUUAAUUCAUUUCUUGAUUUGAAGAACUCUUUGAAUGAAGUAAAAAACCUACUAAGUGAUAAGAAACUUGACGAGUGGCAUGAGCACACUGCUUUCACUAAUAAAGCUGGAAAAAUAAUUUCCCAUGUGAGAAAAUCUGUGAACGCUGAACUUUGUACUCAAGCAUGGUGUAAGUUUCAUGAGAUUUUGUGUAGCUUUCCACUUAUUCCACAGGAAGCUUUUCAGAAUGGAGAACUGAAUUCCCUCCACCUUUGUGAAGCUCCUGGAGCUUUUAUAACUAGUCUUAAUCACUACUUAAAAUCCCACUGGCUCCACUGUGAUUGGAGUUGGGUAGCCAAUACUCUGAAUCCGUACCAUGAAGCAAAUGACACUCUAAUGAUGAUUAUGGAUGAUCGGCUUAUUGCAAAUACCUUAGGUUGCUGGUACUUUGGUCCAGAUAACACCGGUAAUAUCAUGACCCUGAAAUAUCUGACUGGACUUCAGAAUUUCAUAAGCAGCAUGGCUGCCAUUCACUUGGUCACUGCAGACGGGAGUUUUGAUUGCCAAGGAAACCCAGGUGAACAAGAAGCUUUAGUCUCUUCUUUGCAUUAUUGUGAAGUUGUUACUGCUCUGACAACUCUUGGAAAUGAUGGCUCUUUUGUUCUAAAAAUGUUUACUUUGUUUGAACAUUGUUCCAUAAACCUGAUGUAUCUGCUAAACUGUUCCUUUGACGAAGUCCACGUUUUCAAACCUGCCACUAGUAAGGCAGGAAACUCAGAAGUCUAUGUGGUGUGUCUCCACUAUAAAGGAAGAGAGGCCAUCCAUCCUCUGUUAUCUAAGAUGAUGCUGAAUUUUGGGACCGAAAUGAGCAGCAAAGCUCUCUUUCCCCAUCAUGUGAUUCCUGAAUCUUUUCUUAAACGACAUGAAGAAUGUUGCGUGUUCUUUCAUAAGUAUCAGCUAGAGACUAUUUCUGAGAACAUUCGUCUGUUUGGGUGCAUGGGAAAAGAGGAGCAAGCAAAGCUGAAUAAUUUAAGGGACUGUGCUGUACAAUAUUUCAUGCAGAAGCUUCAGUUGAAGCCUCUUCCCAGAAAUAAUUGGUUAGUAAAAAGAUCUAAUAUUGGUUGUAGUACAAAUACAAAAUGGUUUGGGCAGAGGAACAGGUAUUUUAAAACCUAUAAUGAAAGGAAGAUGCUGGAAGCCCUUUCAUGGAAAGAUAAAGUGGCUAAAGGAUACUUUAAUAGUUGGGCUGAAGAACAUGCUGUAUAUCAUCCUGGGCAAAGUUCUCGUUUAGAAGGGACAGGUUCCAGUCUUGAGUGUCCCUUAUGGCAUAUCUUAGAGGGAAAGAAACUGCCAAAGGUAAAGUGUUCUCCUUUCUGCGAUGGUGAAAUUUUAAAGACUCUUAAUGAAGCAAUUGAAAAGUCAUUAGAAGGGGCUUUGAAUUUGGAUUCCAAGUUUAGGCCGAAACAGCAGUAUUACUGUUCUUGUCGUGUUUUUUCUGAGGAACUGAUACUUUCUGAGUUGUUUAAACUUACCAAAUGCCUGCAGGAUGAGCAUGUUGUAGGACCCAGCAGCCAAAUAAAGUGCCUGCUUGUGGGUUUGCCAGCUCUCUGUGAUAGCAAAACGAAUGUACCUUUGGAAGUUCAGUUCCUGGAAUCGGCUGAACUCAUGACUUUUGGCUGCUCAUUGCUUCAUGAUGGAGACCCAAAAUACCAGCAGUUAUUUUUGGAUUGCCUUCUGUAUUCAUUGCAACAGCUUCAUACAGGAGAUGUUUUGAUUUUGCCUAUACUUUCUUGUUUCACAAGAUUUAUGGCUGGUUUGAUCUUUGUACUCAACGGCUGUUUUAAAUUCAUUACAUUUUUUUGUCCUACAUCCUCUGAGCCUCUGAGGAGUUGCGCAGUCCUGCUAUGUGUUGGUUUUCAGGACUUUCCAAGUCCGGUUUUCCAGUAUCUGCAGAAUGUGAAUGAAGUGCUGAGCACAUUGCUUAACUCUGAGGCACCUCAGCAGGUUUUACAGUUUGUGCCAAUGGAGGUGCUUCUUAAAGGGGAACUACUUGAUUUUUUGUGGGAUUUGAAUGCUGCCAUUGCUAAAAGGCAUUUGCAUUUGAUUAUUCAAGGAGAAAGAGAAGAGAUCAUCAAUGGCCUUCAGUUAGGAAAUAGAGCAUGUUCUUUCUGAGAUUUAACUAUGGCUGCUUACAGUUUGUAAUAUUAUUUCAUCCUUUUGCUCUGUUAGUUUAAAGCCUUAGCAGUUUUCAUUUUGAGGAAGGACCAAAUCACAUCAUUCAGAGUCUUACCAAUUCUGAAAAACCACCAGCUAGUUCUGAUUUCUGGCAUAUGCAUACCCAUAGCGUUCUUCCAUGUGGUGGAAUCUGUGCAGUGAUGAUAUUCAGCCUCUAAACAUGAGGGGUGUGUGUGUGCUUACGGUGGGCACACCCAUGUUGCAUAUGCAGUUUCGUUGAUAUUAUUUAUCAGUUUAAGAUUUACCUGUGUGCCUUCAUUUGGGUUAGAUUUUUUUCCCCAACUGAUAUUGUCUCAAUAUGGCACAAUGGCUAAAGCUGUUAAUGAAUCAGUUUAGGUCAUUGAUGAAAGGAGGUGAGUCACUCAAUACUACUGACUUCCUUUAACACUCAAAAUAUCAGUUGUGGAUUUCAGGGAACUCAUCUUGCCAGAUUUCAUGAAAUGCACCGUUUAUUGCUCUUAGGCCAUUGACCCAGUUUACCUUUAUGGUUCAAAUGAAGUGUAUGGUUUAAUGAAUAUUUUAUUAACUGCAACCAUCCAACAAAAAGGAUACCAGGACAGCUUGAAACCAGUGAUCAUGUUUAAAACAAUGGAAAAUUGUUUGCUGUGUUUAAUACACUCCUGUAUUGUGAAAAGCUUCAUUUAGCAAUGGUGUAAUAAUUUUAACUUCCAGGAAAUAAUCUGGGAACUAAAAGAUUUUUUUAAAUUGCAAAAUAGUGUUUAUGACCCCAUACUGGGGACAUAGGGAUGUAAUGAACAGUGAAUACUGAAGACAGUUUCAAUGCUUUCAGGAAUGAUGGUUUGGCAUUUAAAAAAUUUCUUUGAUCUUAAUUGUCUCUCUCAGUAUGAAAAUAGCACUUUACCAAGAAGAUCAGCCAUGAGAUAGUUAUUUUAUCAGUUACAUUUAAUUGCCUUUGAAUUAUAUGUAUUUGACAGUAUAAUGAUGAGCUUUUUGACAAACUAUAUUGAGCAAAUCUCCACUACCUUGAAGUUCUACAAAUGGAGAAUAUUUAUAUUGUCAUAUGUGUACUGGGUUGGGAUGUGUAUUUUAGACAUUUUUGUUAGUUAUAUGAAAAAUAGAUGUAUUCUUUGAUGUAUUUGUUUGAUAAAUGUUAAAUCAGAAAUUUUUUCGUGUUCUUUGCCAUUUCGAGUUCCAUUAUAGAUUGGAAUAAAAUCUGCGAAUAAAAUGAGUAAAAUCAUUAGCAGAGAGAUUGUUUUCAUCUUUUCUUUUUAAAAGGGAAUCAUGGGGGGAGUUAAAAAUAAUUUGAGAAUAGACUUUUUAAAGAAAGGUUUGAAUGGGAGCUAAUAAUUCCUCUGAUUUCUAUUCAUUAGAAUUUAGUCCUUAAUAUUAUUUAUAGAGAUCUACUUAGGGAGAGAAAUUAAGAACUUGAUGGAACGGUAUGGAUUUAGUUCUGGCCACAGUGGGCAUGGAGGCAUGGAAGUAGAUUUCCAAAGGAAAUCUGUUUCCCAGUGGUGUUUUACAGGAAUUUCUUUUUUGAGAAAAAGGGAAGGAAAAAUACUGUCCAAGAAAUGAAUGAAAAAGUAGAAGAGGACAGUAAAAUGUGAAAGAUGAUUUGUAUAGUUUAUCAAGUUACUGCUCUUUUUUUACAUUUUUUAGUUGAGAUUUUUAACUUAAUUCUGAUGCUUUCUGAAGAGUUUUUAGCAGCCAGAAAAUUUAAACUUCACAAAUGUGUUUCUUAAAAACUUGGGAGAAAAAGAUGUUUUACAGAUUUAAUUUCUUCAAUAUUGACUUUUUUUCUCCCUGAGAAAGAAAUUUAGUUUUGUAUAUUAGGGAGGGUUUUUGUGUAUUGCCCCAAUGUUGUGUAAAUAUUUAAAUGUAUUGACAAUAUCUUUUCUGAAAUAAAUUUAAAAUACCAAUUUAUGGAUUUUACUCCUGUCUUUAAGACUGUUGAAGGAGAUUUGUGCUAAGAUUUUUUUUGCGGGGGGGGGUGUUAGUUAUUGAGUGUUGCUUUAACAGAAAUACCACAAGAGGAUGGCUUCAACAAACAAAAGUUUAUUCUCUCACAGCCUAGUAGCCUAGAAGUUCAAAUUCAGGGCAUCGGUUCCAGGGGAAGGCUUUUCUGUUGGCUCUCGAGGAAGGUCCUUGUCAUCAGUCUUCCCCUGGACUAGGACCUUCUCCACGCAGGAACCCCAGGUCCAAAAGACAUGCUGUGCUCCCAGUGCUGCUUUUUUGGUGGUAUGAGGUCCACCUGUCUCUCUGCUCGCUUCUCUCUUUUAUAUCUCAAAAGAGAUUAGCUUAAGAUACUAAUUUUGUAGAUCUCAUCAAUGUAACUAUCACUAAUGAAUCUCAUUACAUCAUAGUGUUAAGAUUUACAACACAUAGGGAAAUCACAUCAGAUGACAAAAUGGUAGACAGUCAUACAAUACUGGGAAUCAUGACCUAGCCAAGUUGGUGGGUAUUUUGGGGGGACACAAUUCAGUCCAUGACAGUGGUUGUUUUUUAUUCUUCUAAUCCAAAGAUCUUGGAAUGCAAUUAGAGAAGCAAGAUUGCAAUAUUGGAAGAGAUGAAAGAAACGUGACUAUUGAUACUGUUAUUUUACUCAACUUUGGUUAGAAUAUGAAGUCUUUAAAAAUAUUCAAACUUCGUUUUCCAGAUGCAGUUGUUAAUUGAAUACUUUUAGUUACAGUGCUUUGGUGAGGGUAUAUGAAAUCAGUUAAUUCCUCAACUUUUAGAAAUGGAAAUGUUGAUUGUAAACACAAAAUCUUAUUUUCUGUUUAAAUACUGUUCAUUGAUUUUUAAGAGGGCAACAUUGGUAAUUUCGUUUAGUAUAAUUUUGCUUUCUAAAUUGAAAGUAAGAAAUAGGACAGUUUUAGUCUUGUGUCAAUUUUAAAAAUUGUUUUAAAUGAUAAAUGGUAAUUGUUUUAGUAAAAGUUAUGUUUGUAA